AUGCCUGCAGUUGCUGCUGCUGCUGACGAUGAUGAUGGUUGUGGUGAUAAUGAUGAUGAUGAUGAUGAUGAUGGUGGUGGUGGUGACAGUUUAAGAUAUUGUGUCUUUUCACGUGAUCAUGCUGUUAUUCUGGACGAUACUGACGAAAACAACAACGACGAUGAUGAUGAUGAUGAUGAUGGCGGUGCUGCUUACGAUGAUGAUGAAGGUGAAGGCGGGGAUGAUGAUAUCGUGGAAGAUGAAGUGUUUGUGUUGUUGAUGAUGUUGUUGUUGUUAAUGAUGAUGCGAAUGAAGUUGAUAUUUGAAAUGAUAAAUAGCGAUGAUGAUGAUUAUGAUGAUGAUGAUGAUGCUGAUGACGUUGGUGGUGAUGACGAUAAAGAUGCUGGCAACGUGUCAUCUAUGAUUGUUGGUGUUGACAAAAUAACUGGAGAUCUUAAUCUUAAUUAUAAAUUUGACAAUGAUGAUUCCACUGCUGCUGUUGUUGAUGAUGAUGAUAGUGGUGGUGGUGACGGUAUUGCUGCUGCUGAUAGUGAUGAUGAUGACAACGACGAUGAAUUUCUAGACGACACUGACGAAAACAACAACGACGACGAUGAUGAUGGUGAUGAUGAUGAUGGCGGUGCUGCUUACGAUGAUGAUGAAGGUGAAGGCGGUGAUGAUGAUAUCGUGGAAGAUGAAGUGUUUGUGUUAUUGAUGAUGUUGUUAUUGAUGAUGUUGUUGUUGUUAAUGAUGAUGCGAAUGAUGUUGAUAUUCGAUUGUGACCACAGCGAUGAUGAUGAUGAUGAUGAUGAUGAUGAUGCUGAUGACGUUAGUGGUGAUGACGAUAAAGAUGCUGGCAACCUUGUCAUCUGUGAUGUUGAUGAGAAAGGCGACUUCUAA